AUGUGGCGGAAGGCGCCGGCGGGGCUUCGAAUCCUUUCGUCUUCCUGGCGGUCAGUCCUAGGUAUUGGUGGAUCCAGUGGCGGCGUUGGAUCCUUCUCCCACGAAACCCUACGCAACCGUGUCUGCGCCACGUUGUCGUCAUCGCUUCACUCCUCCCCAUUCCAGGGGACGUCUCCUCUGUUCUCCCCUGACGCUGGUGCGCGUCUUAUGUGAAUCCCCGGUUUUAUUCCGUCUCUUGUUUUACCGCUGCUUUACGGCCCUGUGACUCUUUUGAUUCGUUUACUCAAAGCCGACGCUGUGACAAAUAAGAAAGUGGAGGAUAUAAUGCCGAUCGCCACCGGACACGAGAAGGAGGAACUUGAGGCUGAGCUCGAAGUAUGCCCGUUUCGUUGAGGUUCUUUAUUAGAUUCCCAGGACUCUAUCCAAGGUUAUAACUGAUUGUUAUUUUCAGGGGAGGAAGAGGUUUGAUAUGGAUGCUCCUGUUGGACCAUUCGGUACAAAGGUAUUGGUUUUGGAUCAUUAGUUUGAUCUUCUUAGUAUGUAUUUUAUGUAGUCAAUCGCGAGUGCUGAGGUCACUACAUCGGAUUCUAGUGGGAAUAAUCACGAAAUUGCAUUGCUGACAUUGUAUCAGUGUGGCCGAUUUUUAACUGAUGGUGCAUGGGCCUUGUCUUUGUUUUGUUGUAUUAUUAUUUCGUAUUCAUAAUUUAUUGUUCACUAUUCUUAACAGGUUUUUUCUUUCUAUCAUUGCAUUGGUUUUCUGUUUUCAUUUCUGGGAGAAAAGAUAUAAUUUUUUUCUUUCUGUGAGUGUUACCUGAUAUUGUAUCUGGGUAUCAUUAUUGUUCUUUCUUUGCUGUGAAAACCUUUUCAGUUGUUUAAUCAUGAAAUUUGGGGAAUGUCGUGAGUUUGUUGAAAGAUCACUCUCUCAGCUGUGGUUAGAACUAUAUGCUUCAUUGAGGUGUAGUGAGCUAUGCCUUUGUUAGCACAUUGAGGUGAGGGAGUCUUACCUUCCGAAUAGUGGUGGCCUUUGUAAUCAUAGAACUUGGCGUACUAUGUAUCUACUGUCCCUAGGAGUUCUGACCCAGUGUUCUAGAAGCCAUAAUUCAUUUACCCAAUUGCUGUUUAGAAACUGGAAGAACAGGUGGAUGCUGUUAUAAUCUCCUGCGCAUGGUUGAUGAUGUUAAAAGCUGUUAUAGAUCAUAGCCUCUGGCAAUUAUCUUCAAGAAAAUCUGGUUUAGGCUUCUACUGACGUGGAGAACGGAUAAUUCUAUCAAUGUACAGAUAGUCCUACUCAGCUUCAGGAGAAAACAAGGGUUGGUGAUGUGGGCAGUGGUCCUACGGACCCAAUAUUUAUCACCUGAUGAUGAACAAUCUAUCUAAACAUAACUGGCUAAUUCUAUCAAUAUACGGAUAGUCCUACUCAUCUUCAGGAGGAACCAAGGGCUGGUGAUGGCGGGAGUAGUCCUAUGGAUCCAACAUUUAUCACCUUAUAAUGAACGAUUUAUUUUUCGUUACAGGUCCUCAGACUACAUACCUUUAUGUGCUAUUUGUACAAUAACAUUUGAGAACGAUAAUUUUGUUCGAUAAUUGUUUUUUUAUACAGUGUUUUAUUUAUUAAAAUUAAUUAAUGAAUUAAUUAGGGCCAAGGAUCAGAAAAAAUCGGCAGGUUCCAAUGUUGCCAAUGUGGAUGCUGGUAUUUUCUUUAAAAUGCCUCCAAUGCUCUGCUUGCUAUUGUGAGAGUACCAUCCCUUUUUUUUUAAAUCCAUACUUGAACUUUUGUCAUGUAGUAUUUUAAUGUCAAUAAGAGAGUGAUAAAGAAAUGUGAAAAUUGUGUUUCACACAGUUUUAGAGGAUUAUUUUGGUGAUAGAGGUUUUUUAUGAACCUUGAAUGAUGCAUAAAUGUAUGGUCCGUGUAGAUGCUCAUUUUUAGAGUUGAUUCGUUCUAUCACAAGUACUUGAAUACUUAAUAUUAAAGGUAGGUUUAUUGCAUUUUGUGUUGGUAGUUCGUUCCUUCAAAGUUCAUUUAUGACGUGGCAAAUUUACCGUCCUGGUUUUUUGUAAUUCUGUUUUCGCAGAAAAUGAAGAGGCUUUGGUUAAUCUUGCCUUGGCUGAAAACACCAUGAUCCUCCUGAUCCUUGCUAGGAUAACUGCUUGGUUAUGUUCCCCUAUCCAACUGAAGUACCUUAUAGUCUUUUAUAUGUUGUUCGGCUGUUAAUGUCAAGUUCCUCGGAUCCAAACAAAAUAUCAGGAAAAGAUUGGAUUUAUUUUGUUCAUCGGAUGUAUGACCAUUAUAGGUGAUGGUCACUGAAUGUUUUAUGUUUAGGGAUGGUUCUGACGCUAUAAUUUCUCGGCUUCUGGAUCCCCACACGAGAUACCUCUGAGAAAAUGAUUCUUAUACUGUCACAUUGCUUUUUAUUUGGUUCGGUUCAUGCCAUUAACCAGGUUCCAAAGAAAAUGAAACCUAUAAAACCUUGUUAUGUAGAAAUAUUAUCAGGUCUUCUUUCCUCGCCAUGGAACCCUCAGACCGAGGUUCAGACGGCGUAUCCACCCACAGAUGCCCAUUAGCAGUCUGCAUUCCUUUUGAAGAUCCCAUGGAUCGUAGGGGAAAAUAUUUCUUUUUGUAUUAAAUCAUUGCUACCAUAUAAGAGUCCUCAGCGUUAAUUUUAUCCAUUGGUUUAUUUUUGAUCGUAGGAAGUACCUGCUGUAGUCCAGUCCUACUACGACAAGAGAAUUGUUGGCUGCCCAGGUGGCGAGGGUGGUAAGUCUCGAUCUACCCUACACCUUCACGAUAGUUUAUCUAGCUUGUGCCAUCUCUGGUAAGCAAGACCGUGUUUCCCUAUUUUAGAGAUUCAUUUCCCAGUGGCCCUAUAGAUUGAGACUCAACUCUUGGUGAUAUUUACUUGCAUAGCCUAUCUUUUUUUUUUUUUAAGUCCUAAAUUUUGAGAAAAAAAAUUGUCCUUGAGAUGGGAAAUACCAGCUUGCGGAUCUGACAUAAAUUAUAUUAAAUCAUUUUAGCUGAAUCAAAUAUAUAUUGCCGUGAAAUAUCUUCCCUUUAACAAUCCUGAAUUGAGGCCCACCCAUUGAUCCACAAAUCGAGGCAUGAAGAUUUCAACUCUGUGAUGGGCUCUCCUCAUGAUCUCUUAUGUGCUUCUAAUUUCUUUGCAUCUCAGAGGAUGAGCAUGAUGUCGUCUGGUUUUGGCUGGAAAAGGAUAAGCCACACGAGUGCCCUGUGUGCUCACAGUACUUUGUGGUAAUUUCUUCUUAAAAUCUUCUAAUUUAGAUCAAAAAAAGAAACGAGGAUCCUUUACAUUCUAAAGGCCUGUUUCCUCAUUGGUUUCCUCUCUGAAUGUCCUCCAGCUGGAGGUGAUCGGUGAGGGAGGUCCUCCAGAUGGCCAUGGCGAUGACGAGGAAGAAGAUGAAGACCAUCACUGA